GGUCCCUCGAUUCUCCUACUUACGCCGCGUAGCUGUUCCCACCGCACCGCACAACUACUGAAUCGCCCGGCCAAGACGGAAGGGGGCGGAGCUUGUGGCGCUAUUAACGUAGCUCGAACUCUAAGAGGCUGGCUGAGCCUUAACCAAUAGGCUGAGGAGGACGAGGAGAAGGCGGGGCUUUGAUUAGCCAAUCGGGGGGGCGCACCUUCAUUGCCGCUCUAUGCCGCUCCGCCUUGACUCGCUGGUUCCAGAAGGCGCCGGGUUUCCCAAGAUGGCGGCCGACGUGUCCGUUACUCACCGGCCCCCGCUGAGUCCGGAGCCCGGGGCCGAAGUAGAAGCUAAUGAUACUGCGGAACGCCGGGCACCCGAAGAAGAGCUGCCGCCUCUAGAUCCAGAAGAGAUCCAGAAACGCCUGGAACAUACCGAGCGCCAGUUCCGUAACCGCCGGAAGAUACUGAUCCGAGGCCUCCCGGGGGACGUGACCAACCAGGAAGUACACGACCUACUCAGCGACUAUGAGCUCAAGUACUGUUUUGUGGACAAAUACAAAGGGACAGCCUUCGUGACCCUGCUAAACGGCGAGCAGGCAGAGGCGGCCAUCGGCGCCUUCCACCAGAGCCACCUGCGGGAGCGGGAGCUGUCGGUGCAGCUGCAGCCCACCGACGCCCUGCUGUGCGUGGCCAACCUGCCACCCAGCCUGACGCAGGCGCAGUUCGAGGAGCUGGUGCGCCCCUUCGGCAGCCUGGAGCGCUGCUUCCUGGUGUACAGCGAGCGCAGCGGCCACUCCAAGGGCUACGGCUUCGCCGAGUACAUGAAGAAGGACUCGGCCGCGCGCGCCAAGUCGGACCUGCUGGGCAAGCCGCUGGGCGCGCGCACACUCUACGUGCACUGGACGGACGCCGGACAGCUCACGCCGGCGCUGCUCCACUCGCGCUGCCUCUGCGUGGACCGCCUGCCGCCUGGCUUCAGCGACGUGGACGCCCUGCGCCAGGCGCUGUCCGCUGCGCACACGCCCACCUUCUGCCAGCUGGCGUGUGGCCAGGAUGGCCAGCUGAAGGGCUUCGCGGUGCUGGAGUACGAGACGGCCGAGAUGGCGGAAGAGGCACAGCAGCAGGCUGACGGCCUGGCUCUGGGGGGCAGUCACCUGCGCGUGUCCUUCUGUGCCCCUGGCCCCCCAGGCCGCAGCAUGCUGGCUGCACUCAUUGCUGCCCAGGCCACGGCCCUCAAUCGGGGCAAGGGGCUGCUGCCGGAGCCCAACAUCCUCCAGCUGCUCAGCAGCCUGGGUCCAUCCGCCUCCCUCCAGCUGCUGCUCAACCCCCUGCUCCAUGGUGGCGCUGGUGGCAAGCAGGGCCUCCUGGGCGCCCCUCCGGCCAUGCCGCUGCUCAGCGGGCCUGCCCUGUCCACGGCACUGCUGCAGCUCGCCCUGCAGAGCCAGACGCAGAGCCAGGCUCAGAAGAAACCUGGCAUUCUGGGAGACUCACCCCUGGGCACCCUCCAGCCGGGCACCCAGCCGGCCAGCCCCCUCCUUGGGGAGCUGUCUGCAGGGGGAAAUUUGUCCUCAGAGAUGCCGCCCAGGAGAGGAAAGCCACCCCCCCUGCUGCCACCACUGCUGGGCCCCACUGGUGGUGAUCGGGACACCAUGGGCCUAGGUCCCCCAGCUGCCCAGCUCACCCCACCUCCUGCCCCUGUGGGGCUCCGCGGCUCAGGCGUCAGAGGCCUGCAGAAGGACAGUGGGUCCCUGCCUGCACCUGCUGGGGCAUCGCUGCUGGGGGAGCCCCCCAAGGACUACCGGAUACCCCUGAACCCUUACCUGAACCUCCACAGCCUGCUUCCUGCCAGCAACCUGGCAGGGAAUGAGGCCCGGGGCUGGGGAGGGGGCCCACGAGGCCGCCGCCCACCCGAGGCCCCUACACCCAAUCCCCCAUCCUCGGGUGCAGGGGGCAGCAGCAAAGCCUUUCCGCUCAAGUCCCGCCUGCUCAGCCCCCUCUCCAGCUCCCGACUGCCCCCUGAACCAGGGCUGGCUGACAGCUUUGGCUUCGACUACCCUUCGGACGUGGGACCUCGACGGCUCUUCCCCCACCCACGGGAGCAAGCCCUAGGGCCUCAUAGACCCAGCCGGCACAAGAUGUCCCCCCCACCCAGUGGCUUCGGAGAUCGGAGUGGCGGAGGAGGUGGAGCCCCUCUUUCUCACUUUUACUCGGGAUCCCCCACUUCCUACUUCACCAGUGGCCUGCAGGCCGGCCUCAAACAGAGCCACCUCAGCAAGGCUGUCGGAUCUUCCCCACUGGGCUCCAGUGAGGGGCUCCUGGGCCUCGGUCCAGGGCCCAAUGGCCACAGCCCCCUGCUGAAGACCCCACUGGGUGGCCAAAAACGCAGCUUUGCCCACCUGCUGCCCUCGCCCGAGCCCAGCCCUGAGGGCAGCUACGUGGGCCAGCACUCACAGGGCCUCGGGGGCCACUACGCCGACUCCUACCUGAAGCGGAAGCGGAUUUUCUAAGGGCCUUCCUGCAGCGCUUUUGGGGUUUCCUGGGUUUUGUGGGAUGUCCCUCCCUGUCCCCCAAUUUUCUUGUAGUACUAAAGAGAAAUCUUGGAAAAGACUUUGCUGACCAAGGAACUGGAGCCCAAGGAAUGGAGGGCUUUGGGGAGCCAAUGUGCACAUCUGGGCCUGCUCCCUCGUGCAGAAACCAUGCAGCCUUAAGAGAGAGGCACCCCCAGCCGCUCUCUCCCUCCCUGGGCCCCUGCUGUGCCUGGCUCUCAGGGGUCCCCCCUGCCUCAUCACUCCUGUGUUUUGGCCUUUCGAGUGCCUUGGGGGCCUGCUGACCUCCCGUGAGGAUCAGAGACUGUCUGGCCUUUUUUAACUUUGACAAUGGACUUUGGUUUUCUUUUAUAAUUUUUAUUAAUUUUUUAAAAAACCAGGAUGCUCCCUCCCCCAGCUCCGAUUCCUGAAAGGACUCUGAUCUGCCUGGGCCUCCAGUUCCUACUUCACAGUAUAAACGGCUCAACUCUUCCCCCCUGUGUGUGCUGUGGGCAUGGCUGUGUCCAGCUCCCACAAGCCUACUCUGGCCAGUACCUGGGGCCCAGCUCCUUGCUUCCAUCCUCCUCACCUCCUGAUGCCUUAAAGUUGGGCCCCAGGCUUCGCUAGCCACAGCCUCUCAGAUGCCAAGCUCCCCCCAAAGCUUGACUCAGGACCAAACCUCUCUGGCCUGAAGAUUGGGCCCCUCCAGCUGAAGUCUCCCCACCAUGGAGACAGAAGGCCAAAACUUUGGUCUUGGCAGCCCCACCCUUCCACCCAGGCCUAGGCACUGAGACUAAAACUUCCCCCUUGGGGCUGUGGCCUGCUGUGGUUACUGAGCCCCCGCCAGCCUCUCUCUGGAACAGAGCCUGGAGUCCUACCUUUGGAGCUGGCGUCCUUCCUACCCAGUACAGACCGCCCCAGCCCCGCCCACCAGCAGGACCUGCCCGGCUCCGGGGCCCUGGGCCCCUGCCUUGUCCCGCUGGGCCACUUGCUUUCCUCUGACUCUGGUGGUGCACAGCCCACUCCCAGGGGUGCCUUCCCUGUUCUUACCACACAGAGACCUUUGCUGAAUUAAAGUUUGUAAGUAAACGGUUUUAAAGAGA